GAUUAACGUAGAGAAGCUUCACUGUUUGAAAUGACUGUUAUUGUCAAAAGCAUAAAAACAAAACGUGGGGUAUAAUAAUUUUAACAAAACUUAUUAGGUUAAAGUGUAUUUUUAUCACAAAUCCACUCAGACCUCUUUUAAUAUCAUAUAAGAAACCUAACAUAUAUUAUUUUACCAAAAAUGCCGAAAGCAACCAAAUUGCAUAGCAAGGGCAAAACAAACAGCAUUCAGAAGUGCUAUAAAGCUGAUAAAGAUGGUACAGACGCCGCGGAUCCCGAGGAGUCGGUCAGAGAGUUCCAGUUACAACUAUGCUGGUGCAUCCAACAGUUAGAAAGAACACUAGCCGAAAAGAAGGGAAAUGAAAAGCAAUUACAAGAAGCAUGGAAGGUUUUGACAGUGUUGAAAAACAACAACCAACCAAUAGUAAGAAAAAGACAAUUAAUGAGAACACAUUUUGGAGAUUAUAGAGCUAAAAUGGCAGCAGAAGAAAAGAAAUUAGCCAAAAUGGCAAGCAAAAUUAAGAUUUCCGAAAGUCCAGCCCAACCGAAAGCUAAGUUUUUGCGAAAGUCAGCAUUUUUGGCCACAGGAAAUAGUUCUUUCAAAUUCAAUUUUAAUGUAACACAGGAAACAGAGAGCGAUUUAAGUAAAGAUGGCAACACAGAAGCAGAUACUAGUGAUGUAGACAAAAAAGAGAGUAUGCGCAACGUAAAUAAUGAUAAAAUUAACUUUUCCGCUCCUAGUUCGGAAUUUAAAUUUAAUUUUGAUGUUGAUAAUGCUUAAGUCUAUGAUGUAGUUUAUAGAGAUAUCGUUAAAUAAAUUUUAUUUACAAAAAUA